AUGGUCUCAGCCGCCGGAGGCAUCGUCAUUGCCAUCCUGGUCCUCGUUCUUGUCGCUGUUCUCGGUUGGGUCGUCUUUACCCAGCUGCGCGCCCGCAGACUAGGCCUGCCGCCCCCGUCGCUCUCGUCCUACAUCCCCUUCCGGAAAUCCGACACAGCGCCAUCCUACGGGCCCCCACGACCGGCACCGAGUGGUAUCACCGGCUGGUUUAAUGACAAGAUCACCUCCUUCAAGAACCGCAAUAACCGCUCCGCGGCCGGCGCCUACGAGCAGCCCUCGGGCGCCGGCGCCCCCCGCCGCGGCUUUGGCCCGCUCGACCCGGACGAGGCCUGGGAUGCGCGCGUCGGCCACGAGGCCGAGACAUACGGCCCUUACGGCAACUACGAGGAGCAGGAGCUCGGCUACCGCGGCGGCAGUGGCGCCGACGCCGGGAAUAGCUACAGCAUGAACCUCGCCGCCACGCCUGGCGUGCACCACGAAGAGCCCGCCCGCGGUCGGAGCCUAAGCCGCCCUAGCGACGACGAUGCGCUGGGCGCUCCCAAGUCCGGCGGUAGGAAUCCGUUCGAGGACGAUGCCGAGCCGAGCAACAUCAGCUUGCGCGGUGUCAGUCCUCGGCCCAUUGUCGACACGGCGUCGCAUCAGCAGCAGAAGGACCACGGCGAGAGCCCGACGGAGCGGAGGUCGAUCUUCCGAGAGAACGUAUAG